AUGUCUGCUCGAGAUAUGGUCGAUGGCUACCAGGUGGAUAGCGACUCGGGGGCUGAAGACGCCUAUAACACUUCAACUCCCUCCGCAAAUGCUGGUUCACUUAGCCCUCGCGGACGUCCUGGGAUCAAUACACCAACCCACUUGGCCCUUGCCGCUGCAGCCGCCAGAGUAUCUGCACCCAGUCCCGUAAUAGAUCCAAACGGUCUUGGAUGGCCUGCCAAAUCAACGCUCUCUCGUCUACAUGAAUCCCCAGAACAAAAAACACAGAGAAUCGAAAAGCUUGCUGGGGCCGUUCGUACCUUGCUUGAAUGUAUCGGCGAAGAUCCCGAAAGAGAGGGGCUGCAGCGUACCCCAGACAGGUACGCCAAAGCAUUGUUGUGGAUGACCAAGGGAUACGAAGAGAAGCUCAGUGAGGUCAUCAAUAAUGCUGUAUUUGCUGAAGACCACGAUGAAAUGGUAAUCGUACGGGACAUUGAUGUAUUCAGUCUCUGCGAACAUCAUAUGGUUCCGUUCACAGGCAAGAUUUCCAUUGGAUAUAUUCCCAACAAGCUUGUUCUCGGCCUCUCUAAACUUGCCCGGAUUGCGGAAACAUUCUCCCGGCGGCUCCAAGUUCAGGAACGACUCACACGCCAGGUGGCAUUGGCUGUAGAAGAGGCUAUCAGGCCGAAAGGUGUUGCUGUUGUAAUGGAAGCUACACAUUUAUGUAUGGCUAUGCGCGGUGUUCAAAAGCCAGGCGCAACGACCGUGACAUCGACAAUGCUAGGUUGUUUCCGCUCUCAAGCCAAGACGCGCGAGGAGUUUUUAACAUUGAUCCGAACUCCAUCGGUCAAUCGAUUCUGA